AUGUUGGCAAGAGCAUCACUUCAUUCGAAUGGCACGGAUAUGCAUACCGCAGAGUAUGCGGAUUAUAAGAAGGAGGAAAUCUCAGCUCACCAUGCUCGAGACUUGGUACAUAUUAAUGCAGGAGGUACAAGAUUCACAACUCUUUACGACACACUGGCACAAUCCAAAUCCUCCUACUUCCUGAAUUUCAUCCGGAUUGAUCGCACAACUGGAAAAAUAGUUUUGCUCCAGCAAAGAACUAUUCGUGAUGAGUCAGGAGCCAUAUUUGUCAACCGGGACGGCCGCCUGUUUGCGUUUGUUCUGCAGUUUAUGAGAGACGGAAAGAACACUGUCCUGCCAAAAGACAAAGACCUCUUGUCGCAGCUUAAGAGAGAAGCCGACUUCUUCGGCAUGGAAGUCUUCAGAUACCUCAUUCAAGAAACUCUUGUCGAUUUGGAGAAAGAACAACGUGCCAGCAAUACGGAUAUUGCUGAAAUUCGCCAUUCCGUCAAUCAAAUCGCCAACAACACUUAUUAUACUGGAGGACGUAACUGA